GUUAUCGCGACAGUUGAGCUGAAGCUGGCAGCGCCAUCUUGAAGUCGGGAGAGGCCGUGUCCCUUUUCUGCUCCUAGGGGCUAAUAGAAAAGGGGAUGGGGGCCGGGCAGUGACUGAGUUAUCUGGGUCCUUGCGCUCCUCUUCUGUGGGUGCUGGAGCGGAGCAGGCGGCUGCCGGCGGGGGAGAAUGGUGCAGUCCUGCUCCGCCUACCGCUGCCGGAACCGUUACGACAAAGAGAAACCUAUCUCCUUCCACAAGUUUCCUCUCACAAGACCUGAUCUCUGCAAGAAAUGGGAAGCUGCUGUUAAAAGAAAAAACUUCAAACCAACAAAGUAUAGCAGCAUUUGUUCAGAACACUUUACUCCAGAUUGCUUUAAAAGAGAGUGCAACAAUAAGCUACUGAAAGAAAAUGCCGUGCCCACAAUAUUUUGUUAUACUGAACCGAGUGAGAAGGUAAAGACUGAAGAAUUUACAGAGCAACCCGAAGAUCUGUCUGCAGCACCACCACCCCCUCCACCACCCCCUCCUCUGCUACCACCUACCCCACCACAACCUUCCUUUCCUUUGCCUCAAAUAGAUGCAAGAUUGGUAGAUCCAAGUAUUGGAUUAUUAAUGCCUCCUCUCCAGACCCCUAAUAAUCUUGCCGUUUUCUGUGAUCACAACUAUACCGUGGAGGAUACAGUACAUCAAAGAAAGAGAAUUCAGCAGCUGGAGGAACAAGUUGAAAAACUGCGAAAGAAGCUCAAGACAGCGCAGCAGCGAUGCAGACGUCAAGAAAGACAGAUUGAAAAAUUGCGAGAGAUAGUUCAGUUUCAGAAGGAAAAAGAUAUAGUGGCAGGAAAAGGCUAUGUGAUUCUACCUAAUGACUAUUUUGAAAUCGUAGAAGUACCUGCAUAAAAAUAUUGACGUUAAUUUUAAAGGGGCAGUGCCAAAUAGGCUCUUCAGACUAACACAGAAGUUCAGUUUAAAAACAAAUGCUCUCUAAUUGUGUGUAAAACCAUUCUAAAAAUAAUAAAGAAGCUAUAAAAUACUCAAUAGACCACAGUUUGUUCAUUGUCAUUGCAGCUUUUAACACUUUUAAUUAGGCUUGGCAGAAUUAAUUUUUUUUUGUAAUAUUGAUGGAAAAUAUCAAUGUUUGUUUAUUUUUAAGGUUUUUUUGUUGUUGAUAAUUUAAAUGUUCACUCCUGUGCAAACUUAUGGGGGGGAGGGUCAGAUAAUUGUUUAAUGACAGUAGAUAAAGCUUCAAUUUUUUGAAUUGCACUAUGACUGUUAAAACACAAAUUGUCAACGUUACAUGUCAAAAUAUACAAAGUAAAUGUCCUUAAAUCACUAAUAAGUUCUCAAGCAGUAA